CUUGUGUACCGUUAGGUUGCUGACUCGGUCUAAUUAAAAUGAAACUUGCAAUAUAUCUUCUAUUAACCCAAAUAGGAUACAUUUUAGCAAAAUCAGUAUACGUCCCACCAUGUAAAAACCAUUCCGAAAGCCUUCGAAUAGCAAGAAGCGACGAAAAAACCUCCAUAACUCCUUUAAAUUUUGAUAGAAAUUCAGAGGACGUGUUUGAAAAAAACUCCAUGUUGAAAUCAAACGAUAAUAACCCAGAAAAAUUGCCAAAUUUCAAUGCAAACUAUAAUCAAAUGCAAACAAGACGAUACCUAUUUAAUAAUCAACCAGAACACUUAGCUAAAUGGCCUACAAAUUUAAAUAAAAUGGAAAAUAAGAAUAAAGCCAAUGCCGUGCCAGUUAGUUAUCAAGCGAUUGAUCCGAAAAACAUAUUUGUAUAUGGAUUAUACCCAACGAAAGUUACUAAAAAUAGACUAACGAAUAAUGAUACAAAACCUACCAAUAAUACAAAAUAUAAUAAAACUAUUACAGAUUACAAUGAGUUAGAUAAAAAUGAAGACAAAGAUACAGAAAUACAGAAAUACAAUAAUCAAACUAAUGAUUCACAGUUUGAAUUUGAAACCACAAGUCGGAAUGCAGACGUAGCUAAUAUUCGGGAACUACGACAGCAUCUUCUAGACCAUUUACUAGACUAUUUUGUAAACAUAAUUAUAGAAGAAUAUAACCAUAAUGUUACUAGAAAAAAGAAUAGCAAAGAUGUUAUUGAAGUUGAAAAUAAAUUAAGGAAUUACUAUGGACCACAAACAGAUGUCUUAGAAGUUGAUGAUGCAAAUUAUGAUGAUCAUGACUUUGAAUACGAUAACUAUCGUCGGAAAAGCGAUGAUGAAACUGAAGCGGAUUUAAACAAGGAUGAUCACGUAGUUGAAAAGAAUAACACUGAUAAAGAAUUGGUAGAAACACCGAAAAAUGAUACUGAGAUUAAAACUUUGCAGUUGCCACAGCAACCAACAAACAAAGAUCCAGUCUAUAUAGAUGACGUCAGUAAUACAACUAUCAUGAUUCCUAUUAUUGAAGAUUACGAUGAUAGUCUAGAAAUUGUCGCUUCGACAAUAUACAAGAAACGUGAAAAUAACGACACGAUUAUUGAGACAACAGAAACGUCUCUCAAUAAUUUAGAUAAUAUAGCCACAACUACGGAUAAAUAUGAUAUAUUACAAGAAAUAAAACCUAUAAAUGUAUCAGAUAAUGUAACUGAUGAUGAUCUAUACGUAAAUGAAGAAGAAGACAGUACAGAAAAGCUGGUCUUCGAAGAUUUUCCAGACUCCGAUGAUUACUCGUCCAUAGAAAACGAUACUUCAGCGUCUGUUACUGAUAAAACGACGAAUGAUGAAAAUAUUACCGUUUCUACUAAUGACGGAGAAGCAGACAAUGACAUAUCAGCAAGGAGAAUACUAAAUGACGAUUUAGUGCUAAAUUCUGAUGGAAAACAAAACAAAACUAAAACAUCUGGAUCAAAAUUGACUCCAUUAAUUUCAAGACAACGUGAAUUGAAUGAAAAAAUAGUCAUAGUGUCGUCACCGUAUAGUAGUGAACAAGAAUUAAGUAUCAAUGUUAACAAUAAACAUAUUAAAAGUAAGAAAUCUCGUAAAUCGAGUAAAAAACAAAAGAAAGAUGGGAGAAUUUCGAGACCUGAUAAUCGCAACUGCGGCGGCUGUGUAGCCGCUGAAAACGGCGGGCUCGUGAGUUUUGAAAAUAAAUCUCCAUUCCGACACCGCAGUGGGCGCGGGCGAAGAUCGUUGCAAAGAGGUACUGUGAAAUGCGCGUCGCGCGUGCCUUCCUGUCUAUAG